AUGGCCUUUCAAGUACUAUUACUACCCAAAAUCCUCUUCAGAUGCUCUGAACACCUCAUCCAGCAUUGGACCGGUGAUGGAGCUGUAACUAUUUUUACAUCACUGAUCACUUACUAUUUCGUCUACUUUUUACUGGUUGCAAUCUGCAUCUCGAUCAACGUUCCCGCCGGUGUUUUUGUGCCAUCAUUUGUUAUAGGAGCUGCAGGAGGAAGACUUGUUGGCGAAAUCAUGGUGUUCCUAUUUCCUGAGGGCAUGCGUGGACCAGGAGGGCCACCGAUAUAUCCUGGGCUCUAUGCUGUCGUCGGUAAGAGUGUUUUAAUCUAA